AUGAAAUUCAUGAGUUUAAGUUUGGCUUAAUUAAAAAGUUCUUUUUUUUUUCUUAUAUAGCGACACUAUUACAUAAAUCUAAUUAGAAAAUAAAUAAAUAAAUUUUCGUGUCACAUAAACCACCUUGAAAGAUGGUCGAAGAAUCCACUAUAAAUUCCAACAAAUCCAAGGUCAAAACUACUCGACCUAAAGCAGUGUACUUGUGGACCGAGGCAGAUGUUCAGAAAUGGCUUCGUCGUCAUUGUAGUGAUUAUUAUAAUCUUUACUGGGAAAGAUUUCAUGAGCAUGAUAUAACUGGAAGAGCAUUAAUUAGAAUCAAUGACAACACUUUGCUGAGAAUGGGCAUCACAAACCGGGAGCAUAGAGAUGCCAUAUGGCGGGAGAUUUUGAAAUUGAUACUGAAGACUGAUAUCAUGGAAAUUAAGGAUUUAGAACGGCGACAUAACUAUUUUAAUGAUGAUUUGUGACAUCAACUAUCUGAUGAAAAUAAGCAAGCUGAUCCAUGCAAUUUGAGAUUCAAAUUAUUUUUGGUACCAACUCUUGACAAAAGAAGUACAAUUGUACAUUUGCUAGGUGCCUUAUUAAUAAUAUGGACAGUAAAUAGAACAUUAAAUAAGAAGUAAAUAGUUUUUACAAGAAGCUAGACCAGCAUGGUUAUUUAUUACAUCAGAAUGUUGUUUUGCGUUCCAGUAUAUAUGUAGGGUGAAAUAUCAGUGUCUUAUUGCUUAGAAGCAGUACAAUUAUUGUGCGUUAAAAAGUCUUAAUGAGAAACAUGUCAGUAUGAAAACUUAUGUGACUGUAUAAUGCUUAAAUUAUAGAUUUAAGCAUUAUAUCUAAUAUAUAUUGGAUAUAUUUAAAUCUCACUAUGAUAUGAAUAAAAAUUUAUACUACAUAUUAUAUUGGAAUAGUGAUAUUAACUGUAAGUUAAAUUGUAGACUUAAUGAAGUUGCUCACACAAUAUUGCUCAUAACAAUCAACAUUGUAUUUACUCAUAAAAUAGUUUUGAAAUCAAGUUUUUAAAUUUUUUCUUCUGAAUACUGAAAUAGAACUACUAACUACAGUUACUGAGUUAGGUGGGUGACAGUUCUUUGUUAGUCUUUUUAAAAUAAAUGUCAGUAUAGCAGUGUAAAUGUUAAAUUCACAAUAAUAAUAAAGCAUUGGCCAUUAAAAAUACUCUACUCGCACAAAAAUGAUUUAAACCAUUGGAUUAUUACUGAACUAUAAGACUUAUUACAAUAUAGUGUUGAUUGGCUUGUGCCAUUAAAACUGUUAGGUUUAAGUUUAGAUACUGAAUUAUAUUUGUAUGAGUAUUCGUUUUAUGGCUGUUGGCUACAUAUUACCUGUUCUAAUUGCAAGUACUAGAUAAUUUGUUAGUACAUGUGUAGGUUAUUAUAUAGGUAUGCAAUAAUUAAUCAUGUUAACAAAUUUGGUAUACAAUUUUUGACAAUAAAAAAUGUUUAUAUUGGAUAUAG